UCGUACUGAACGAGACAAUUUUGAUAGGGCCAUAUUGCUUGCUUGGUCCCGUCACUCUCUACAAGGCGCUCUCGGCGCUCGUGUCAGGUUCUGAUAAGACAUUAGAUAACCAUCAACACCUGUUCGGUAAAGAGACGAUGAAGAGACUUUUUCUGUGUCUACUGUUUGUUUGCGCUAAUGACAACGGAAAAACCAACGCCGUGUCCCGGUUCGGUAAACAAACGCAAACCAACAUGGGAACGAUGCGCCGGUUUGUUUUCCCCCUUUCCCCGACUUCGAUGAUUCACUACCGGAAGUCAUGUGUGCGGCUGAUGCGCAAAGCAAAGAUACAAACACCAUCAGUGUUGUUGGACAAGCAGCGCGAAAGAUUUAUCUAAUGGGGAAUGUUUGCUUUUUAGUGCCAAGAUAUGGUUUCGGUGAGCUUUUUCACUAUAAAAAGAUGCUGGCUGCGAACGGUACGGGCACAUUGUGAAGUGUAUACAACCCCGUAAAGCAGUUGCAAACAGUAGCCAUGAAAGUCCUGAUCGUCCUAGCACUGGUGGCCGUCGGUGUGUCGGCAAUGCCCGCCCGCCCGCACGGUGACGCACGGGAGAAGCUGCACGAGUAUUUGGCCCUCGUGCCGGAAGACAUUCGGGCGGAGCUGGAGACGGCGAUCCGCAAUCGCGAGAAACCGUCCGACGCGUUCUUCGCGAAGGUGCGCGAGCAGAUGCUGACCCAGCUGGCGGAGAACCAGCGGUUCCGUGAGUUUGCCGAGCAGAAGUACGCCCAGUUCCUGGGCCUGCUGACGCCGGAGCUGCGCGAGGAGGUUGAUGCGCUGAUGCAGAACUGGAUCCAGACGGGCAGUGUGCCGCAUGCGGACGAGGAGCUGCGUGGCAAGAUGCAGCAACAUUUCCAGCAGCUGAAGCAGUCCCAUUUUGAGCAGUUCCUGGCGCGACUUUCGCCCGCUCUGCGCGAACAGGUGCAGGCUGCGCUGAGCCAGGCCGGCCAGGGGCGCCCACAGUACAACGCUGAGCUGCGCGAAGCCAUCCGGGAGCACUUCCUGAAGCAGAAGCAACCGCAGCCGCUGUAAGGAGGGAGAGAGAGAUAGAUGAGCUUGUAUCUGCCGAUUAUAAUAAUGUACGCAAAAGCUAUAA